AUGACUUACAGACUUUUCAAGGACCUGAUUCAAAACAAUGAAGAAUUUCUUAUGCAGAAAACUGGCGAAACAAAGAACUCUGUGUUGCACCUUGCUGCAAGGUUCGGUCACAUUGAGCUACUUGCCUUUAUCAUUGAGCUACUUCCUGACUUGGUUUCUAUUGGAAACAUCAAGGGUGAAACUCCGUUACACGAAACUUGUUGCCAAGGGAAUACCAAUGUUGUGAAGCUGCUGGUAGAGGCCAAUCCAUAUGUGAUUGGGGUGUUAGACUCUGAAGAACAUGAAGUUUUGAGUCCUCUUCAUGUGUCUAUAGCAGAAGGCUACGUUGAUAUUGUUGAGACUAUUUUGAAAGGGUGCCCCAGGUUGGCUUGGAAGGUUGACAACAAUGGGCUGACAAGCAUGUUAUCAGAGUACAUCAUCAGAAAUACUGCGGUAGAUGUCAAUUUUAAGAACCAAAGAGGUCAAACAGCGUUGGACAUCCUAAACCAGCGAAGAACAUCGGAUCUUAGUAACAUGUUGAAGAGUCUCGGUGGCAGGACCAGUAUUGAGCUGUUCCAUUUAACCCUAAUGGUUAAUGAGAUAGAUUCUGAGACUACUGCAACAACAUUAGAAAGUCCUAGAGCUGCACUUGAGCAAGACUUUGAAAUGCUUUUUGAAGGUAAUACGCAUCCAGGAAGUGAUCAAUAA